CUUCACCUCGCAGUGGUUUGGAGAAAGUGAUUAGCCAGUGUGUGGAGUGUUUUUGUUGUUGCUCGUUUUCUUCUACCUCGCUUUCUUCACAAAUGGACAUUCGAUAACUCUCGGUACACAAUCGUGGCAGAUACAACCAUUGCAGUGCUAAUCGAAACGUGGUCCACUCAAGUCGAUGGUGAAGAAGUGUGGUGUAAAAAGUGUAUGUGAUGCAGCUCUACAGUUGGUUCUAUGCUGAAAUGAUCUUGAUCAUUUACUGUGCAAACAUUGAAAUUAAAAUUGUCUACGGUGAUCAGAUGGAUCCUUUCGAUUGUCCCACUGCAGAACGGAUCGAUCUAACGGAGGGUGUCCCAGAUCUCCAAGGUUCUAUUCGAUUCGCCGGGAAUGUUUAUCCGUCCGAGAACUACACCCAACGCUCGGACCACAACCAUCGCUACAGCUGUGUGUGUGCCGUGCGGAAGUGUGUGUACGUGUGUUGCUAUCACAUUAAUCGAACGGAAUGUGAACAAUCGGCCCUGCCCUUAAAUCGAACCAGCCUAAACCGAGCGAGCUGGAGCGACGUGGACUUGCUGGAGGAGGUUGAUCUACGGGAGAGUAGCGAGUACUGGCUGAUCUAUGCGACGCCACCGGCCUGGAGCAGUAUGCCCGGCUACUCGCUACAGAUCGCGGGCCAUGAAGGUGAACUAAUUAAUGAUGGAAGCUUUGCGUAUGGGGCGAAAGUGUACGCGAGCAGAACGUACUGCAUAAAUCCCGCUGAAGAUUCGACGCCCCACGUGUGGAUAAUGGAAACGGACGAGCAUCUGGAGGUGCACCGGUGGCAUUCGCUGGGUAUGAUCAUCUCCAUACCGUUUCUCAUAGCAACGUUGAUCGUGUACGCUCUUAUACCGGACCUACGUAACAUCCCUGGGAAGUCGCUGAUGUGCUACGUCUUAAUGCUGAUGGUUAGUUAUCUGGCACUGAUACUGAUCAAGCGCAGCGUGUUUGAUGGUUCACCCGAUUGGUGUACGGGCAUCGGGUACGCGUACUACUUUUCGGUAAUGUCAAGCUUCUUCUGGCUUAAUUUGAUGGCGUUCGACAUCUUCUGGACGUUCGGUGGCAGGCGACGACGGACGACUGAUCAGGGGAAAUUUCUACUGUACUGUUGCUACGGGUUUGGCAGUCCGUUGAUCUUCCUGGCGAUCGCACUGGUGGCGGAUCAUACCGAACUGAUGUAUACGAGCCUGCGGCCAGGGUUCGGAGAUGGGCAGUGUCUUUUUAAGGGAGAGCAAUUUGUAUCAUUUUUGUAUCUGUACCUUCCGUUGGUGCUGCUGGUGAGUGCCAAUCUGUUCUUCUUCAUCAGCACUGCUGCAAAGAUCAACAGCAUAGAGCGCACCACAGCGGCAGCUCUUCAAGGAGAGUCGGGACGACACAGCAAGUAUACGAACGAACGAAAUAGAUAUGGCCUGUACGUCCGACUGUUCGUAGUGAUGGGUGUAACGUGGACGUUUGAGUUCAUUACCUGGUUCGCUGAGGCGCAGAACUGGCUAGUGUAUGCGACGGACGUCUGUAACUGCAUCAGCGGUGUGUUUAUCUUCUUCCUGUUUGUGUGGAAGCGCAAAGUGUGGAAGCUGCUGCAACAGAGGCUUAGCGGUAAGGAAGUGCAAAAACGCAACCAGGCACUGUUUUCGGUGAGCGGUACGAGAACUACUAGCUUGGCACCGGGCCGCAAACUGUCCACUUUAAAGAUGGAUACUUCCAGUUUCUAGUGGUGUUUAGAAGUGAUUUUUUUAGUUACCAAUUUCAUGCCAAGUGCCACGAAAGUGAAGGUAAAUAGAGUAGAUCCGUUGUACGCUUUGGUUUAUUUUAUGAGCUAAUACCUGCCGGUCUCGUAGUACAGUCGUCAACUCGUACGACUUAACAACAUGCCCGUCAUGGGUUCAAUCCCCAAACAGACCGUGCCGCCAUACGUAGGAUUGACUAUCCUGCUAUGGGGGAGGGAAUCAAUUAGUCACUGAAAGCCAAGCCCACAAGUGGGUGCAGGCAGGCCUUGACCGACAUCGGUUGUUGAGCCAGAGAAGAAGAAGAAGAAUACCUGCUAUUCAAUUUAUUGAACAACAGUUAAUCGUCAAGAUGUCACCAGUACCUCAAUUUUGAAGUCACAUAGAAUGAUCGAAUGUUUUAGGUACAUUUACUGUUACAAACUUACCGUAGCCUUUUUUUUUAAAUUAAAUGAUUCAUUAUCAAAAAAUUCGUAACAACAUUUAGCAUUUGAACUAAAAUUUUAAAUAAAUUUAAAUGUUUAUGAACUGCCAGUAA